AUGUCGGAGCCAAUUUCCUUAGCGGACAUCCAAUUCCCAGCUGCGUCUCAGAAUAUAUCCCACCUCCUCUCAGACCUGCGGAGAUCGGCUCUGUCAAUCACAAAUAGGCUAAAGUCUAUGGAGACAGACUCUAUUUUUGUCCAAGAGACAUCAGACUACUAUGGUUUACCCCUUGUUGCUAACGAGAGAUGUGGAAGCUGGUAUAUCCCACCCGACAAGAAGGUUGGGAGCUCCUAUUUCAAAAGUACAGAUGGUCAUAUGGGGCAGUGGGACUUUAGUCUAAGGCGACUGAAUAUGCAGGUUUUAGAUAUUUUAAAGAAGCAUGGAGGAUGUGUGAUUGUUGAUUCGACAAGAAGGGGUAAAACCAUGCCAGACGCUCUAGGGAAAACGAUACCAAUCUGGUGCGCGGUAAUGAAUAGAACGCUAUAUCCUGACAAGCCUACCUUCCAUGCAGUUCAGUUUGCACCCUCGUACCUUGGAGAAUCAGAAGAGUCACAGAUUGAAAGCAAAGUAAACGGUUUCGUAGAAUCAUUUAAAACUUUAAAUUUGGAUAUAGAGAAAAUAAAAGAUAGACUGGGGAAACCUAUUCGUCUGGUCUGGGCUAGCAGAGACUACUUCUCAGAUAAUGACGAACAUGACGAUUCACAUUUACUCGUUCUCUGCUCGGCAUCUCGAUGUGUUCGUGGCGCUGAGAUGUCAGAGGGCGGGUAUAUACAGGGUGCAGGCGACGAUAGCGAGGGAUGGUCUCACGGCCUCACGCCUCCUGUAUUUUGGAAAUAUAAAGAUCAACUCAUGGCUGCUGGGGAAUCAGAGCUUCCCGAGCUUAUCCAGGAACUGAUUGAAAAGGAACGCAAGUUACCGUCGACUGAUGGACGAUACUUGAUAAACCCCACCAAGAACAUGUAUAUUGGGAAACGAAGUGGUGUUGGUGACGAAGUGUCAUCUUUUGAUUUGGUCAUCGAUUGCGCUGGAAGCGUCGAUCCGAGUGAAUCGAAACCACAAUCGGUCAAACGGUUAAAUCUCGGCUGUCCUGCCGGGAAGUUAGGAAGCCGACAACUAAGAAAGGUCCUUGGGAACGUUGAAAGCUUUGUAUCCCGCCAUUUAACUGCUGAUCCCACCCUCUCCCUUCUUAUAGUGUGUACAGAUGGCAAAGAUAUCUCAGUCGGAACAGCUUUGAUGGUGCUUUGCGCCCUCUUUGAUGAUCAAGGGAAUUACUGUGGGCCAAGUGAUAAGUCUACAAUAAACAAGCAGUUUAUCCGGCAACGUCUGGCAUGGAUUGUUAUGUCAAAGGAAGACGUCAAUCCGUCAAGACCGACUCUUCAAUCAAUUAAUUCAUACCUUAUGGAUAAGAAUGGAUAA